UGGAUUAACCUGGAGAGAGGGACACUGACACUAAUAUCAGAAUAAAAAAUGAGCAUUGAGUGGGCUGAAGAUGACCGUCUGCCUCCUGGGGUAGUUCGAUUGGACUGUGAAGGACCAACAGAUGGUAAAACCUAUGUCAUGUACCAUGGCACAACAAGGGUGAAUGCUAACAGCAUCCUGGCCUCAGGAUUUCGCCAGUCUGAAAAGGGGAUGCUUGGUCGUGGCGUGUACCUCAGCAGAGACCUGCAGAAAGCAAGUGGCUAUCCCAUCGGUCACCCUGAGCAUGACAGAGUUGUCAUUAAGGUUAAGGUCAACGUGGGAAAAGUGAAGAUCAUUGAUCAUCAGAAUCACUCACUUCAGAAGACCUGGCAUGACCAUGGGUAUGACACUGCCUGGGUGCCACCAAAAUGUGGGAUGGUUUCAAGUGGCCGGGAAGAGAAUUGUGUCUGGGAUCCUAAGCGAAUCACAAUCCUUCAGACCAUCAAACCAAAAUCUGUCCAGAGCACUGGAUUUGUGGACUGUGAUGGACCAAAAGAUGGUAAAACCUACGUCAUGUACCACGGCACCACCAGAAGCAGUGCUCAAAUCAUCCUGAAAUCAGGUUUUAAACAGUCCUCAGGUGGGAUGCUCGGUCGGGGUGUCUACCUCAGCAGAGACCUGGAGAAAGCGAGUCGCUAUCCCAUCGAUCACCCUGAGCGUGACAGAGUUGUCAUUAAGGUUAAGGUCAGGGUGGGAAAGGUGAAGGCCAUUGAUUGUCAGAACCACCCACUUCAGAAGACCUGGCAUGACAAAGGAUACGACACCGCCUGGGUGCCGCCCAACUGUGGGAUGGUGAAGAGUGGCCUGGAGGAGAAUUGUGUCUGGGAUCCCGAAAGAAUCAAGAUCAUUGACACCAUUAAACCAAAACCUGUCCAGGGCGAUGGAGGUGGUGCCUGGGGCUACAGACACCAACAUCAGAGUCUGAAAAUGAAUUUCCAGUGGAUUGAAGAUGACGGUCUGCCUCCGGGGGUGGUUAGAGUGGACUGUGAAGGACCAAGAGACGGUAGAACCUAUGUCAUGUACCACGGCACCACCAGCAGCAAUGCUCAAAGCAUCCUGAAGUCGGGUUUUCAACAGUCCUCAGGUGGGAUGCUCGGUCCAGGUGUCUACCUCAGCAGAGACCUGGAGAAAGCGAGUCGCUAUCCCAUCGGUCACCCUGAGUAUGACAAGGUGGUCAUUAAGGUUAAGGUCAAUGUGGGAAGAGUGAAGGCCAUCAAUUAUCAGAAUCACCCACUUCAGAAGACCUGGCAUAAAGAAGGGUAUGACACCGCCUGGGUGCCGCCCAACUGUGGGAUGGUUUCAAGUGGCCUGGAGGAGGAUUGUGUCUGGGAUCCCAGAAGAAUCACUAUCAUUGGCACCAUUAAACCAAAACCUGUCCAGGGCUUUGGAAUUGGUGCCUCGGGCUACAGAAACAUGAGCUUCCAGUGGGCUGAAGAUGACUUUCUGCCUCCGGGGGUAUUUAGAGUGGACCGUGAAGGACCAAGAGAUGGUAAAAUCUACGUCAUGUACCACGGCACCACCAGCGCCAAUGCUCAAAGGAUCCUGAACUCAGGUUUUCGCCAGUCUUCGGACGGCAUGCUCGGUCGAGGCGUGUACCUCAGCAGAGACCUGCAGAAAGCGAGUCGCUAUCCCAUCGAUCACCCUGAGUAUGACAGAGUGGUCAUUAAGGUUAAGGUCAAGGUGGGAAGAGUGAUUGCCAUCAACCAUCAGAGACACCCAUAUCGGACAACCUGGCACGACCACGGGUACGACACCGCCUGGGUGCCGCCCAACUGUGGGAUGGUGAAGAGCGGCCUGGAGGAGAAUUGUGUCUGGGAUCCCGAAAGAAUCAAGAUCAUCCGCACCAUCGAACCGAUCCCAGUCCAGGGAUAUGGAGGUGGUGCAUGGGGCUACAAGUAAACUCCACGAGCUGCUGUUGAUUUAUUUUGUACGUUCAAAUGUAUUUUUUAUAUAUUUGGAUAAAAAAGUUACACACUGUUUUGUAACUGUGUCACUGUAACAAGCAGAAUA